AUGGCUUCUUCAGCAGCAAGAGUUUUGCAUAGAGAAUUCCGCGAGCUGACGGAUCCACGCAAAGGGAUUCCAUCUUUCCAUAUCGAACUCGACAACGACAACAUUUUUUUGUGGAAUGUGGGGGUUAUGGUACUGAAUAAGGACUCUGUCUACAAUGGGGCUUAUCUAAAGGCCCAGAUGAAGUUCCCUUCAGACUACCCUUUCUCGCCCCCAAGCUUCCGGUUCACUCCGGCAAUCUACCAUCCAAACGUCUAUCGCGAUGGAAGACUGUGUAUCUCGAUUUUGCACACAUCUGGCAACGAAGCAUCCGACGAACCCGACAACGAGACCUGGUCGCCCGCGCAGAGCUCGCGCUCGGUACUGAUAUCGAUCGUUUCACUGCUAGAAGAUCCCAACAUUUCGAGUCCCGCAAAUGUGGAUGCAGCGCUUGAUUACCGUAAGAAUCCGGAGGAGUACAAGCGCAAAGUGCAGACUGAGGUUGCACGGUCAAAGCAGGACAUUCCUCGGGACUUCACGAUGCCCACUACGGAUGAUGCCUACGGCCAGGCCGUUGCAGAGGACUAUUUGUCUGACAGCGAUGACUUCUUUGGAGGCGAAGACAGUUACGACGAGGACGAUGUGAGUUUUGGAGAGGAUGAUGAUGUCGAGAUGUCUGAAGAUGAGGAGGAUGAGCAUGAUGGGAAAUAG